UGGGCUGCCGCUCUGCGUCCCCCGGGCGUGCGGCCUGCUAGUGGGGCGGAGCGCCGCAGGUGACUCCAGACGGAGGAGGAUGAGCGGUGGACCCCAGAGGAUUGCUUCCUCCUGCCUGACUGAUGGAGGGAAGCUGCUCUUACAGGAUUUGCCCUGGGGCUGCUGAUCCCGAGAGCCUCGCAGGUCAAGCCAGGAGCACGCCUGCCUCCCCGUCCAGAGACAUUCACGGGGGUGUUAAGGGGGUCAUCUUUUCUUCCUCACCAAUUUUAGACUUGAGUGAAAGUGGCCUUCACCAUUUAGGAGAGAUCUUUAAAAUCCCCGCCCUUAAACAAUUGCAUCUUCAGAGAAAUGCCCUCUGUGCGAUUCCUAGAGAUUUCUUUCAGUUACUGCCAAACCUGACUUGGCUAGACCUCCGGUUUAAUAGAAUCAAAGCGCUUCCUUCUGGGAUCGGCUCUCACAAGCAUUUGAAAACUUUGCUUUUAGAAAGAAAUCCUAUCAAAAUGUUACCUGUGGAGCUAGGGAACGUGACUACACUAAAAGCACUGAACUUGAGACAGUGCCCUCUGGAAUUCCCCCCUCAGCUGAUUGUGCAGAAAGGGUUGGCCGCUAUCCUGACCUUCCUGCGGAUCUGUGCAGCAGAACACUCCUCCCCCCGAGACUCAGCUUCUCGAGCGAUUUCACCAGUUAAAAAGAGGAACCUAAGUGAGCUGCCACAUGCCCUGUCAGAUUUAUUUGAAGACACUGUGCCCAACAGAGAAACUGUUAACUCUCAGGAUCGAAAGGAGCCCAUGUUAAGAGAAAAGGCAGACGUUUUCCCACCUGUUGAAAAACUAGACCUGAGUGACCUCAGAAAGUCCGCCGAGCCCUUGGAAGACUGGCCGAGUGAGGAGGAGAUCAGGCGCUUCUGGAAGCUGAGACAGGAGAUUGUGGAGCACGAACAAGCAGAAGUCCUUAAAAACCAGCUCUUGCCGAUGGAAUUGCCUCCAAACCUCAAGGCAGCGUUAAACACUAAGGAGAAAGAGCGUUCCAACCCAAGACACGUUUUCAGAAGGAAGACACCCUCCUUCAGGGGCGUCCUGCCUGACAUCGCGUCAUCACACCAAGCGGCGCUCCGAGGAAGAAGGCUGGAGGAGAGCUGGGCCUCGGCCCUCAGAGAGCUCAGGGAGAAGCAGGCUCUGCUGGAGCAGCGGAGAAGGGAUAAGAGAGUGCUGCAGGAGUGGAGGGAGCACGCCCAGAUGAUGAGGAGGAAGAAGGAGGAACUGAGCAAGCUGCUGCCCCCACAGAGGACUCUGGUGGGAUCAAAGAUUCCCUUUGCCACAGAUCUGAUGGAUAAUGAGAAAAUACCAAAGAAUCCAUCUGGAAAAACGAGGCAAAGCAGAGAGAAAUCGUCGCCAGCAAGUAAAGAAGCAAGUGCCUUCCACGAGGGGAAUUUAGAAGAACAGCUAAAGCAGCACAUACAGCGAAUGCACGAACAAAGAAAAACAUUUCGAGGGGUGGCACCACUCGAGGAAAUAAGGAAGGCUACCCAGGAUUUGGAAAUCAUGCUGACACACGCCCGCUGUGUGUCCGGAUGUCUGGGAUUAUGAGACUCACGCAGGGAUCAAGGAAGACUCCUUCCCACCCUGAGUGACGCAGUCAGCCCACCCAGCUGGGGAAAGGAACCCACUGCCCUCAACGAGUCCGGAGAAGCCCACCUCUGGUGCCUGUGUGCCCUCGCUUCUCACAGCCACAGGACAACGUGCCUGUUCUCCUGGACCGUCCAGGCCCCGGCUCGUGGGGUGGUUCAGAUCCACAUGUCACACCCUGAUGCAGCAGCUUGGAUCUGGGUGGUGCUGGGCUGUGCCUCCAGAGCCUGCAGCACCAUCCCCACACCCCAUCUGAGGGCUCCGUCGCUGUUGUCCCCUCCUUGCUGGGGCCCAGGCAGGGAUGGGGGAGGGAGGAGCGCGGGCGGGGCGGGCCACUUUACAGAGACCCCACCUGUCAGACUCGGCCCCUUUUCUCAGACCCUUUUCCUUCCCAGCCCAGAGAAUUCUCCCUGCCUCAGGUAAGCCUUUGUUCUCUCCAAAUCUGUCAUUUAUGCCUGUAAUCUCAUCCUCGGACGCCCAAAAUCCUACCUCUCAGGGCUCCUGAACAUCUGAUCUCAACCCACUGCUUCAGAUUAUGGACUCAAAAGUCUGCUUUGUAUUAUGAACAACUCUGUGCCCACAAAUUUGAUAACCUACAUGAAAUGGACCAAUUCCUUGAAAGACACCAUCUGCCAAAACUCACACAAGAAGAAAUAGACAAUCUGAAUAGGCCGAUAUCCGUUAAAGAAAUUGAAUCAAUGGUUAAUAACUUUCCAAUGGGUUCCCUGGUGAAUUCUACUAAACAUUUAAGGAAGAAAUUAUACCAGCUGUCUACAGUCUCUUCCAGAAGAUAGAAGCAGAGGGAGUACUUCAUAGCUCAUUCUGUGAGGCCUGUAUUACCGAAACCAAAGACAUUACAUGAGAGGGAGACUACAGUCCAGGAUACCUCAUGAACAUAGAUGCAGAAAUCCUCAACAAGAUAUUAGCAAAUCAAAUCCAACAGUGCAUACAAAGAAUUAUAGAUGACGACCAAGUGGAAUUUAUCGCAGGUGUGCAAGGCUGGUUCAACAUUCGAAAAUCAGCUUAUGUGAUGCAUCACAUCAUGGCUAAAGAAGAAAAAUCACAGUCAUAUAGAUGCGGAAAAAGCGUUUGAGAAAAUCCAACACACAUUAACGAUAAAAACUCGCAGCAAACUAGGAAUAGAGGGGAGCUUCCUCAACUUGAAAAAGAACAUCUACAGAAACUACAGCUAGCAUCAUACUUAAUGGUAGAAACUAGAUGCUUUUUCGGUAAGAUGCGGAACAAGGCAAGGAUGUCCCCUCUCGCCAUUUCUCUUCAACAUCAUGUUGGAAGUCAUAGCUAGUGCAGUAAGUCAAGAAAAGGAAAUAAAAGGUAUACAGAUUAAGACAGAAGAGAGAAAACUUUGUUCUCAGAUGACAUGAUUGUCCAUGUAGAAAACCCCAAAGAAUGAACCAAAAAAAUUCCUGGAACUAAUAAGGGGUUAUAGCAAGGUUACAGGAUACAUGGUUGAUAUACAAAAGUCAAUCACUUACUAUAUGCCAGCAAUGAACAAGUAGAAUUUGAAAUUAAAAACCCAAUACCAUUUACGUUAGCACCAAAAAAAAAUGGUGCUAGGUAUAAAUCUAACAAAAUGUGUACAAAAUCUAUAUGAGGAAAACGACAAAUACAGUCCAUACUACCAUACAAUCUAGCAGUGAUGCUCCUUGGCAUUUACCCAAAAGGGUUGAAAACCUGUCCGUACAAAAACCUGCACAUGGGUGUUUAUAGCAGCUUUAUUCAUAAUUGUCAAAACUUAGAAGCAGCCAAGAUGUCCUUCAGUAGGAGCAUGGAUAAAUAAACUGUGGUCCAUCCAGACAAUGGAAUAUUAUUUAGUGCUAAAAAGAAAUGAGUUGUCAAGCCAUGAAAAGACAUGGAGAAACCUUAAAUGCAUAUUACAAAGUGAAAGAAGCUAAUCUGAAAAAGCUACAUACUGUGUGAUUUCAACUAUAUGACAUUCUGGAAAACAAGACUGUAGAGACAGUGAAAAAAUCAAUUGUUGCCAGGGGUUGUGGGGAGAGAGGGAGGACUAGAUGGAGCACAGAGGACUUUUAGGGCAGUGAAACUCCUCUGUAUGAUUCUGUGAUGGUGGGUACGUGUCAUUAUACAGUUGUCCAAACCCACAGAAUGUACAACAGCAGGAGUGAGCCCUCAUGUAAACUGUGGACUCUGGUGAUGAUGAUGUGUCACUUUUGGUUCUUCAGUUGCAACAAAUGCACCAUCUGGUCGAUGAUGGAAACUACAGAAGUAAAGUCUAUUACUUUAAAAAGGUCUCUUUUGGAACUGAAACCUGAGCACUGGCUCCUGUGUUCCGCACUGUUCCCUUGUGUCCCCCUUCCCCAAGGAAGGAGCUCAGAGUGCCCUGCCGCCCCGGAGACCGAGAGUCAGUGGACCAAAGGGGAGUGAGCACAAAUGAAGCCACAGCGGCUGGUCUCGAUGCCUGCUCCUGCGCCGGUGCGUCUCCUUACUCAUUUUCACAACUACCACACCACGAAGGCGGUGGCUCCCCACGUCACAGGUCAGAAAACUGAGACCCAAGGAGAUGAGGUGACUGGCCCGAGGUCACAUGAGUGCUGGCCUUUAAGACGACCCAAGAUUGUCUGAAUCCAGAGCCUGUGUUCCAGCUCCGUGCUGCUCCCUUGGGGACGUGAGCCGCUGAGAGUUUACCUGAGGCUUUAAAGCCUCUCUCUGCUUUUCUGUGACUAAAAAAAAUUCCACGUCAAGUUUCUUAAGAAGCAUUCAGGUCGGUAACACCGGGUUGCUGCCGAGGGCCUGGCUCACAGGUAACUCAGAGGUCCAGAGAGGAGUGGGAUGUGCCGCUUCCCUCUGCGACAUGGUCGGUUCAGCCUUGGGCUUUCAGAGGCCGAUGCUGGCGUGGAGACCGGAGUGUGCGCAUGGCCUUUGCCUCCCUCACUCCACGUCCUAGCGUCAGGAGAGCCAGAGAAGGGCGGGAGUUUUAGGUUCUGAGGACUGCAGUUGGGAAGCUACAGCUCUUGCCUGGUGGAAGUUUGCAGUGUUGAGACACACUUUCAUAUUCUUCCAAGUGGUGGUAGCUGUCCGGGCAGCUCCACCCCACUGCUGCGUACCGCUUGCCUCUAGCAGGGCCCGACUGCACGGCUGGGCAGUGAUUUCCGUGUUAGGAAAAAUCUACACAGAAGACGCUCUUCACCUCCACGUGGGACUCCGUUCAGGACCAGCCCAGCCAGUGUUACAAUGUUUUCAAGUUCAGUACAUUGGACACGAGGUCCAGGCCACGGAGCACAGCUGGACGUGAAGGGUGCCCUGAGACUGGGGGAUGCGUAGGCGGGCGUGGUGGCGCCAUCUGAUAGGUUUAUUUCAGGAGAUGUUCUUAAUUCUCAUUGUGUUUUCUGAAAUUUGUCUUCUGAGGACCUGAGUCUCCUAUAGGCCCAUCCAUCUCAAGUGACCGUCUUUUUUUAUGCCGUCCACACAGGACCACUAGCCAAAAAGAAAAGUGCUGUGUCCUUUAGCCCAGGUAGUGACCGUGUUUGUAGAGUCCUGUGGGGAGGAUGGCUUCAGCUCUGCCUGCAUCAGAUCUGAGGGGGGCCUGUCCCUCUACCUCCAGGAGGAGAGCCGCUGUCCCUCGCAGAGCUCCCAGGCCCUGGGCGUCUGGGCUAACCCAAGCCCGUCCUCUGAAACCUGCAAACCCUGGAGCAGCCCCGGAGCCGAAGCCCUGGCCCCGUCCACAGGGGGCACGGUGGCCCCGCGGGGCGAGCUGGUGGCCGCAGCCCAAAGUGGCAGGCGGUGGGUGAGACACAUGGGCACGUCCAGGGGACGUAACAACACGAGCUCCCACUCAAUCCCUUGGAAGCAGAGGUGUCUUGUCCAGCCUGCCUCCCCUCCCCUUGUGUUUCCUUCAGGGUCCCUGCACAGCGCUGCGCACAGGCAUUGUGGGUGCCCCGAGCGCCGUGCACACGUCAGCGAGGAGUUCCCCACAGCCAUGGGAGAAGGCAGGCGCCUCGGCCAGGAGCUCACGUGAGAUGGGACGGCCAUCUGCAAUGCGAUGGGUGCAGUGGUGAGAGAGCCAAGGAAGGCCAGGCUGGUGAGAAGGACGUGUUGGAAACAAGCAGCCGGCAGACCAGCCCUUCCAGGUGUGCAGGCCCGUUGUGCACAUGGGUUAGUCUUCAGUUGGCCGGAGACGCACCAGAACAAUGGGAAAGGAACAAAAUGAUACCGACUCCUCAGGACAGAGAAAACGGAGAGGAGCCGGUUGCCUGUGAGAGAGGCCAACUCCUGCUGCUGCCGUUUGUGAGAAAGCACAGGUCACGCCACUAAAGGCCACGCCUCCCAACCUCCCUUGCAGCUACACAGGGCAUGUGACUACAUCCUGGCCAGUAGGAUGUGAGUAGGAAAUGUGCAUGAACUUCCUGGGCUCCCCUCCCUGUGGCUGGAAUGCAAACAUGAUGGCAGGAGCUGGGGCAGCCAUCUCAGACCCUGAGCUGAAAGCCGUGGAUUGAGGAAUGACUAACAGUCUCCAACACUGAGAGCCGCCCUCUCAGGUAAGCCACUCCACCUGGUGUUCAGCCACCAUCAUCUGGGUCUCUGUUACAGCUGCUGAACCUGUGUCCUAACCCACACUCAGGCCAGAGUGCUUUGGGGAGAAAGCCGCCUAGUGAUGCAGUGUAAGGGCCAGCUGAGAGGAAUGCCAACAAGAAGCCAACUCCACAGCACUGUGAAACUAAAUAUCGAGAGGUGCAAGUCUGUAGAAGGUCAAAUGAGGCCCCAGGCUCUCCUCCUUGCCCUACUCUGCUCAGCUGCUGACCCCUGGCCACCCAGCAGGAGGCUUGGGGUGUGGUCUCUAGAGAGGUUGAAGGAGGAGGCACCCGUCGGACAUAAGGCCACGUGAUGCUUUCCGGAGCGCGGAGCUGGUGAGGCUCAGGCCUGCUCUCGGUGCUGGGGGCCCAGUGCGUCUCUCCAGUUGAGAGCCAGGAGGGUCCUCUCUAGAGAAAUCAACUGACCAGGACAGAUGACCAAAGAGUCCUGACACUCGGGAGUCCCCAUCCUGACCUGGCCGACAAGGCCGCCACCCGGCUAACACCCCGCCCCCCGACACCCACAGUAUUUAACCGUCGUUUUAGUGCCUCCUCCUGGAGUACGAACAGGAGCCUGGGAUCACACAGCCUCGGAGGAAGGAGAGAGUAGAACAGACCACCUGGGAAUGUGCGCGUGGAAGAAAUAGAGGCAUCGUUGGACACAAAUUAGAAAUUAAAAAUGAGAAUUAAAAUACUCUGAGUGAUAAUAGAAAAUAUUGCUCCCACGAAACAAGUUGUUAUGAAAACAGGACACUCAGAUAACCAAGAACUCUUGGAGAUGUUAAAAAAUGGCAAACAUUUUUUAAAACUAAAACCCUUAAAUCGAUAGAUGAAGUUGAGUAAGUCCCCCAGGAACUAGAAAAAAAGGAAAAGGAGAGACAGAAAUAGAUGAACUGGAGGAUUGACCCGAGGGCUGAACCCUGACGGGCAGGUAUUCUGGGAAGAGGCGCCGGGCAGAUCCAGGGGAGAGAGGAGUCAAGAAGAUACAAAAAGGUUUUCACGAAGGCAUGUGUGUCCAGAUUGGGAGGCCGGCCACGUGCCCAGCACCGGGCUCUGCGUGCUGAGCCAGGAGGAGGCCCGUGAGGUUGCAGGGAGGAAGUGGGCCACACACAGAGGGGCAGGAGAGAAGGGCGGCAGGAACGUGGGUGGGGGGACAGGCGCCAGCGCAGAAUGAAGGCCAGGACUCGAGAACUUACUUCCUCUGCAGCCUUCUCUGGAAGCUGCUACAGGACGUGUUCUCCCAAAACAAGGGGCUGGACCGAGAACAGGAAGCAAGUGUUCCGGAAAAAGGGAGCUGACCCGAGAGAGUGGCCAGGAGCCCCCAGGCUGCAGCCAGCGAGGGCCCCAGAGGGUCCCUCUAGGGGAGACAGGUGGGUCUGAGGACUGACCAAGGGAGAGGAAGGUGGAGGGGAGUCACGUCUGGGAGGGUUCAGUGACAGGUGUGGAGAAAACAAGGUAAAUGUUUUAAAUGAGCAGUUACAAAUUCCACAAAGAAUACAGAUUUCUGUGGGAAAGGAAAUGUAACCAAUGGAUGCUUUUUGAGUUAGCAGGAAAUAAUAUUUACCUUGUCAUAGCGACAUAAACCUGAGUGUUAAUUUGGGCCACAAUUGUGAUGGAUCUGUAUUAGGGAAGGAGGGGUUGCUGGAGUCUCGGGUGCC